GCAGGCAGACUCAGACACGCUGCCUGUUUCUCAAGGCCCAGGGCAGGGGAAGCUACAUCUGCGCUGUUGGAAACCGUGGGACUGGGACGAGGGUCACGGCUCCGCGGACUCAUGCUGUCAUUCUUGAAGGGACAAAGGAAGAGCUUAAAUGUUCUUCUAAAGGGCAGAAGGUGAGCCAGGAUGGGCCAGACGAUGGUGGAUUAUUUAAGGCCAAGCCCAGGGCCAUACGAAAAUGGAGGAAAUGCGGUAAAACAACGGAGAAAAGAACAGCGGCUCACGGCAAAGCGGAAAAUGCUAGUCAACGCGGUGACCAAAACAAUGCAGUCAUUUCAGAUGCACAACCACUUAGCAUAACACCAGAUAACACAAAAUCACAAGGCCUGAUGGGUAGCUAUCCAAGUCAGGAUGACUUGAAGUUGAAGGGCAAAGACAAAAGGGCUCAUUCCCCCAUAUUAGUGAAAGCUGUUACACCCCAGAGCACAGAUCCACAAACCUGCUGCUUUUCUGCCAAACCAUGUGCCAAACCAAGUGAGCAGGUUGAAGAUGAGAUGAGCCUUGAUCAAUCCGAUAACUGUUCUGAGAAAGAAUUCAGCUGUGGCAAUGUGCAAGGAGACACUGAGGUCAGAAUAUGUGACCUUGAUGCAAAUGAUCGCCAUAACAUUGUUGCUGAUGUGCCAAACCUAGGGUCAUCUGUAGCAUCUGAGACUCUCUCACAUAGUCUAAUAAUCAAAUUGCCCCCAACAAACUGUAAUACUGAGCCAAGCAUGGAUCAUUCUCCCAUGAUAACGCCCUCCGAAGUCCCUGUCAGCAUUCAGAAGAAUCAAGAAUCCAGGCCAGAUGAGCGCCUACUGGACCGUGAGAAUCUACACUCGGUGGAGCCCGGCGAUCUCACAGCACAGAGAGAUUGGUCUCCAGACACAAAGAAUACAGUUGUGCCGGAGGGCCGCACUCCAGUGGGUGCUGAAUGUAGCACUACAGAAAAGAAAAGGAGGCCGUCCAUGUGCUCACCUCAGCAUUGGGAGGAAUUAAUCACAGAGCAUGGAGAACUUGAAGUUCAGCAGUCUGACAAAUCCUCUUCACGAGGCUUUAGCGUAACGACGGCCAAUAUAACUGUAAGCACUACUCACUCCCUGCCUGUUCCUGCCCCUACCACCACUGCAGCCAUCGCAACAGCCAUCCCAGCAUUAAGCGAGGGGGAGGCGGGGGCGAGAGGUGGAGACUUGCUGCCUCUGGUGAACUCAGAGUUGCUAUCAGAGCCGAGAAGAGUUGACGACAAGGACAAGGUGGCCGCUGACGAGGGGUCUCUUGAUGUGGGCGAGGAGGAGGAGGAGGAUGAGUUUGGGGCAUUCAUGCUGGCAGGUGGAGACCAGCUGUGGACGGAUGGAUUCAGUGAAGUCCAACAGUCGGCUGAGGAUUACAACUGCGAGGAACACACAAGUUCUGCUGAUGCAAAUGAACCUGCAUCCUGGGCAUCUGAUUGGACUGUAGUCCAGUCAUUCCAGCCGUCAGAGAGCACAUGGACCGCCUUCAGCCAGGAGACUGUGGAGCAGAAGAUAGAGCCUGGUGACCAGUGGUGGACUUCUACAGAAAAGCCCAAUCUUCCUCUCUCUCCUCUCCAUAAUGUGUCAAAUGUGUUUCUAGAGGCCUUCCCCUCUGAAAAGUCCCCCUGUGAAGAUCCUGAACACAUUCCUACACUAAAGCAGCUUCUGCAAGGACCAGCUGAAAACAGCAAUACAGGGGAGCACAAGGAGCAGAGCUUACUUGACGGCCUCCAGGAUCUAAACCGGAUGAUUGGUGUGAAAUAUAAAAGGGCAGAGUCUCUUUCCCGUAAACUUCUCCUUCAGUCACUGCAUUUGCAACAUCCCAGCUCUGAAUGUGCGACAGUUCGACUGAAGACCAGUGCCAGAUUUUCUCCAAAUCUACCAACGUCCAACCAGCAAUUAGCUGCAAUAGCUAAGAGAAGACUGUCAUAUGACUUCAACAGAAAUAUCAUGACUUAGUCUCUAUAUCUGCUGAACAUCUUUGACCUGUGCUUCCUUGAAAACAGGAAAUACAGGACAGAGGAAAAAUACAUGCUGAAGAACUGAGUUUCCAUAGGUUCUAUUCGAGGAUUAUUUAAAGUGUAU